AUGAACCAACCAUUGGAUAUUCAACCAACUACUCCUUCAUUCAAUACACCUUCUAUUGAACUAAAAGAAAUUCAACCUGAUAAAUUCCACAGUAUAAAAGACCUUAAUAAUCAAAAAAGAAAACUUAUUUACCGUAAAUUACUUCAUUAUGAUAAUGAACAACUUUCUUUAGAAGAAAUGAAAAUGAAUACACAAAUUAACAAAUAUGAGUAUUAUUCUUUAGUACAUAAAUAUUAUACACUUUCUUGUAAAAAAGUUAAGGAAUUCUCAAAAAUAACUUCUGAAGGAUAUUCUUUAUAUCUUCUUAAAGCAUUAAAUAAUAAUAAAAUUUUUGAUAGUAUAAAAGGGUAUGAUAAACAAGAUAUUAAACUUCUAGAAAAGAUUGAUAUGGAUCUUGCUCGUGUAACAAAUACAUUUUGUUCUAAAAAUUUACCUAUUUUGGCUAGUAUUAGAAGAAUAGCAUUUAUUAUUGCUAAAACUGAAUAUAAUUGUCCAUAUACACAAGGAUUAAUUGAUAUAAUAAUACCCCUUUAUCAAAUAUUUAAUGAAGAAUUUAUUGGAGAGGUUAAAUCAAAUGAAAUAUCAGAUGUUGAAUGUAAUGUUUAUAGAGUAGUUUGCUAUAUUUAUAAAAAAUUAAAUUUAUGGUAUUAUCCAAAACUAAAAGAUGGUGCUAUAAUGGCAACAACAUUAUAUGGGAGAUUAUUAGAAUUAAUUGAUACAGAUCUAUAUAACUAUCUUAGUCAAAUAAAUGCUCAUCCUAUGUUUUAUGCUUUUGAACCAAUUAUUACUCUAUUUUCACGUAUUUUACCAAUAGAUGAUUUAACUAUAUUACUUGAUCAUGUCUUUGUAUCAAAAAAGUUCUCUUUUUUAUUAUGUUUUAUGGCUGAAAUUAUUUUAGAAAAUAAAGACAAGUUGUUAUUAAUUCAAAGCGAAGAUGAAGCUAUGCUUUUUUUAAUGAAAGUCUUCCCACUUAGUUGCUUUAAUGAAGUAUUAGCUAAUGCUAGAAGUUUAUAUCUCAAAUAUGAAAAUUCCAUCAAUGAAAUUUUUAAAACAACAAAACAAAGUUCAUUGUAA